CCUGCCUGAGCCAUGCGCUCAGAACUGUGGGGUUAGUGACAUCCCACGACCGGGCCGAACCCAGUCCCAAGAACAAGGCUUGCCUACUCAGGGCAAGGACCCCCAAGCGAGGAGGCCUGCUCAAGAGGCAGGUGCUGUACCAUGCCUCCCACUCCCUGAGGACAAGUCGGACAAGAGCGGAAACACUGUAAGGAAACCUAUGAGAAUAUCCCAGGCCAGUCAAAGAUCACAUUCCUCCUACAAGCCAUCAGGAAUACAACAGCUGCUGAGGAGGCUCGACAAAUGGCCGCUGUUCUCCUGAGACGCCUUCUGUCCUCUGCGUUUGAUGAAGUUUAUCCAACUCUUCCCUCGGAUGUUCAGACUGCCAUCAAGAGUGAGCUACUAAUGAUUAUUCAGAUGGAAACGCAGUCUAGCAUGAGGAAGAAAAUUUGUGAUAUUGCUGCAGAACUGGCCAGGAAUUUAAUAGAUGAAGAUGGCAACAACCAGUGGCCUGAGGGUUUGAAGUUUCUUUUUGAUUCGGUCAGCUCUCAAAACAUGGGAUUGCGAGAAGCUGCCCUUCACAUUUUCUGGAACUUUCCUGGAAUUUUUGGGAACCAACAGCAGCACUAUUUAGAUGUCAUCAAACGGAUGUUAGCUCAGUGUAUGCAAGAUCAGGAACAUCCAUCAAUCAGGACAUUAUCAGCUAGAGCCACAGCUGCAUUUAUACUCGCAAAUGAGCAUAAUGUUGCUCUGUUCAAACAUUUUGCAGACUUGUUACCUGGAUUCUUACAGGCUGUUAAUGACUCAUGCUACCAGAAUGAUGAUUCGGUCCUAAAAUCCCUUGUUGAAAUCGCAGAUACUGUUCCAAAGUAUUUGCGUCCUCACUUGGAAGCAACUCUGCAGUUAAGUCUAAAGUUGUGUGGAGACACCAGCCUUAAUAACAUGCAGCGCCAGCUUGCCCUGGAAGUGAUCGUGACCCUCUCGGAGACUGCAGCGGCUAUGUUAAGAAAGCAUACUAAUAUUAUCGCACAGACUAUUCCUCAGAUGUUAGCGAUGAUGGUUGACCUGGAAGAGGAUGAGGACUGGGCGAAUGCGGAUGAACUGGAAGACGAUGAUUUUGAUAGCAAUGCAGUGGCUGGUGAGAGUGCUCUAGACCGGAUGGCGUGUGGACUUGGUGGCAAGCUUGUUCUGCCGAUGAUCAAGGAACACAUUAUGCAGAUGCUUCAAAACCCUGACUGGAAAUACCGGCAUGCGGGAUUGAUGGCCUUAUCUGCCAUUGGUGAAGGGUGCCACCAGCAAAUGGAAGGAAUUCUGAAUGAGAUAGUAAAUUUUGUUUUGCUUUUCCUUCAGGAUCCUCAUCCAAGAGUAAGGUACGCAGCCUGCAAUGCUGUGGGACAGAUGGCUACAGAUUUUGCACCUGGUUUCCAGAAGAAAUUUCAUGAGAAGGUGAUUGCAGCUCUGCUGCAGACCAUGGAAGACCAAGGCAACCAGCGCGUGCAGGCCCACGCUGCCGCUGCCCUCAUCAACUUCACCGAAGACUGCCCCAAAUCGCUGCUCAUCCCGUACCUGGAUAAUUUGGUGAAACACCUGCAUUCCAUUAUGGUCCUGAAGCUUCAGGAGUUGAUUCAGAAAGGCACCAAAUUAGUUUUGGAACAAGUUGUGACAUCCAUUGCAUCAGUUGCAGAUACUGCAGAAGAAAAAUUUGUCCCCUACUAUGAUUUGUUUAUGCCGUCACUGAAGCACAUUGUUGAAAAUGCCGUACAGAAGGAACUCAGACUUCUGAGAGGGAAAACUAUUGAAUGUAUCAGCCUCAUUGGUCUGGCAGUUGGGAAGGAAAAAUUCAUGCAGGAUGCGUCAGAUGUGAUGCAGCUGUUGUUAAAGACCCAGACAGACUUCAGUGACAUGGAAGACGACGAUCCGCAGAUCUCUUACAUGAUCUCAGCAUGGGCUAGGAUGUGCAAAAUCCUUGGAAAAGAAUUUCAGCAAUACCUUCCAGUGGUUAUGGGGCCUUUAAUGAAGACGGCUUCGAUCAAGCCUGAAGUCGCCCUUUUAGACACCCAAGACAUGGAGAACAUGAGUGACGAUGAUGGCUGGGAAUUUGUGAACCUUGGAGACCAACAGAGUUUUGGUAUUAAAACUGCAGGACUGGAAGAAAAGUCAACUGCUUGCCAGAUGUUGGUUUGCUAUGCUAAGGAGUUAAAGGAAGGUUUUGUGGAAUAUACCGAACAGGUUGUCAAGCUGAUGGUCCCUUUACUGAAAUUUUACUUCCACGAUGGCGUCCGAGUGGCAGCGGCAGAGUCCAUGCCUCUUCUCCUGGAGUGUGCGAGAGUGCGGGGUCCUGAGUACCUCACGCAGAUGUGGCAUUUCAUGUGCGACGCGCUGAUCAAGGCCAUUGGCACAGAACCAGACUCGGACGUCCUCUCGGAAAUCAUGCACUCGUUUGCCAAGUGCAUUGAAGUCAUGGGGGACGGGUGCCUUAACAACGAGCACUUCGAGGAGCUGGGAGGGAUCCUGAAAGCCAAACUUGAAGAACACUUUAAAAAUCAAGAAUUGCGGCAAGUUAAAAGACAAGAUGAAGACUAUGAUGAACAGGUUGAAGAAUCACUACAAGAUGAGGAUGAUAAUGAUGUUUAUAUACUGACCAAAGUGUCAGAUAUUUUACACUCGAUAUUCAGUAGCUACAAGGAAAAGGUGUUACCGUGGUUUGAACAGCUGCUUCCUCUAAUUGUCAAUCUAAUCUGUCCACAUAGACCGUGGCCAGACAGACAGUGGGGACUGUGCAUCUUUGACGAUGUCAUAGAGCACUGUAGUCCAGCCUCAUUUAAGUAUGCAGAGUACUUCCUAAGGCCCAUGCUCCAGUAUGUAUGUGACAACAGCCCGGAGGUCAGGCAAGCGGCAGCGUACGGCCUGGGGGUCAUGGCGCAGUAUGGAGGCGAGAACUACCGCCCUUUCUGUACAGAAGCUCUUCCACUGCUUGUUAGAGUUAUUCAGUCUGGAGAUUCUAAGACCAAAGAGAAUGUCAAUGCUACAGAGAACUGCAUCUCAGCAGUAGGGAAAAUUAUGAAGUUCAAGCCUGACUGCGUGAACGUCGAGGAGAUCCUGCCGCACUGGCUGUCCUGGCUUCCUCUCCAUGAAGACAAAGAAGAAGCGGUUCAGACUUUCAGUUAUCUCUGCGACCUGAUCGAAAGUAAUCACCCAAUUGUUCUUGGCCCAAACAACACCAAUCUGCCCAAAAUAUUCAGCAUAAUUGCAGAAGGAGAAAUACAUGAGGCCAUUAAACAUGAAGAUCCGUGUGCCAAACGUUUGGCUAAUGUAGUUCGCCAGGUACAGACUUCUGGAGGAUUGUGGACUGAAUGCAUAUCACAGCUCAGUCCCGAGCAGCAGGCGGCCAUACAGGAGCUCCUGAACUCUGCGUGAAGGGCCUUAAUAUCACCCACCAGAAAACUAACUCCAAAUAAACGUUUACCCUUUUGUUUAGGUUUCUUUGUUUUGUUUUUGAGCAAGAGAGCAGCAGUAGUGUUGUGUGUAGGCCAUUCUCCUGGAGAGCCACCAGCAGGAAGAGCAGCCUGGUGCGCGGUGGAGUUGCGAAGGGUUUCUUUCACACCACUGGCGGAGUGCCCUGUAAGCCCUGAAGUAGCACUGAAGAGUAUUUUUCUAUUGGGAUAUCACACUCCUGUGAAGGGAAAAGGGAAAAACGAAUUUUUCUCAUGAGACAUAAGGAAAACGAGGAUAGACAGCUUUGCCAUCUCGGUGUAGGGGUGUGUUCCAACAAAUCACCAUACACCUAGUGUUCCUUCUGUUGGAGUGUGAGUCUGUUUAUGGGGUAGGAGGACACUGUCUGCCCGGCAAACCAGUAGAUGCAGAAGUGGAAAAGCAAAACUGAUGCCAGACAGCGAGCAUGAGGAUGUCACGUUUGCCGUUACUUUGGUUCUCCUCCCCAAAAGGCUUACGCGGUGACUCGGUGAGGCUUCCCGGCCUCCAGCCCGUGAAUGUGAAGUGUCGUUGGCAUGUCUGGCAGUAGUCUCUCGUUCACGCCUCAAUAAACAACAUGAAAUACAAAAGAAGCUUGUGUAAAAACGCAGUACUGUCUGGCUUUGAUUCAUUUAAUGUUUCCUCUGAGGACGAUCUCCUGUUUCUUAAAGUAAUGGCUGUGGUUCUGGAUGUUUUCUUCACGUGCUUUCAUUGUGCAAUUCAACCUUAAAAGCAACCGGUUUUUACUGGCGUCCCACUAAUUUAAGCUAAGUUAUGACGCACCUGUUCCAGUCACAGUUGGUAUGCUUCUGAGGUUUACAAAUUUCAACCAAUAGUUGUUCUGUUCUGUUUUGUUUCGAACUAGGAUUGUUCUGGGUAGAGCAAAAAGAUUUGGCUUACUGUUUCCAUUGCAAAUUGUAAUUGCUUAGAGCCACACACCACCUUUGAGCUUUUAAUUUUGCAGUAAGAAUUAUGGCUGAAAUUAUUUACUGAAAAUUUCAGUAAAGUGUGUGAAUGUUCUUUCUUUAUGUAUUAACCUCAUAGCAGUAAAUGACUUGCUGUUGUUUCUUUAAGUAAUUUUUCUAAGGGAUCUUAAUAGAUUUCUGUUGAAAACUUCAGUGUUAACAUUUUUAUAGUUUGUACUAAAUUUAACCGUGAUAUAAAAAUGAAUUUUAUGCAUAGACCAGAAUUUAAAAUUAAAGGUUUUUUUCUUUAAAUGAUUUGCAUUACUUUAUUAAACGAAACCUGAAAUGGA